AUGGAUCUUGUUGCUGUUGAUUGGUUCAAAGACACAAAGCGAAUGGACCAUGUUGCUAGGCGCCGUGGUUGUGCGGCUCAACUGAGCGGUCCUCGCCAGCACAAGCAAGCAGAUUUUAGCUCCCUCACUCUCUUAUUGUGCCGGCAGGCCUGGGCGAGCGAGAUUGCUUCAGAAAAAGGACUUUUCUCCGUGGUGAUAAAUGUGCAAGUACCUGCAUCGACACACUACAGCAUGGUUUUCUAUUUUGUGACAACGGAAUUAGCACCUGGUUCUCUGUUGCAACGGUUUGUCGAUGGGGAUGAUGAGUUUCGUAAUAGUAGGCUGAAGCUCAUUCCAUCAGUUCCCAAGGGCUCAUGGAUUGUGCGCCAGAGUGUCGGAAGCACCCCUUGUUUAUUGGGAAAAGCUGUUGAUUGCAACUAUAUCCGUGGUGCGAAGUACCUAGAAAUUGAUGUUGACAUUGGUUCUUCUACCGUGGCUAAUGGAGUUUUGGGGCUUGUAAUUGGUGUAAUUACUUCUCUAGUAGUUGACAUGGCAUUUCUUGUACAGGCAAACACGACAGAUGAGUUGCCGGAGCGAUUAAUAGGCGCCGUCCGUGUUUCUCAUAUAGAGCUGUCAUCUGCUAUAGUCCCAAAGCUGGACCCAGAGUUAUUAGAGUGA